UAAAAUGGAAAAAGCCGACGUUAUUUUCCUGGUGGACAGCUCCAGAAUAUCUCAAAUACAGUAUGAAAGCAUUCGGAGGUUUAUGGCAUCAAUAGUGAACCAAACCACAGUUGGCACCAACCUGACUCGUUUCGGGCUCAUUUCCUACUCAGAUAAACCCCGGACUCAUUUUAAACUGAACGCCUACGACUCCAAACGGAAAGUUCUUGCAGCGAUACCAACUGUGAAGCCGGAAGGAGGUGGCACCUACACAGACAAAGCCUUGAGAUACUCUCUAGAGUACUUUAGUGCCGAACAUGGAGGCCGGGAGAUGCCCCAGAUUCUCGUAGUGAUCACAGACGGAGCUGCCAACAUACCUUCCAACCUAAAGGGUCCGGCUGAUAAACUGCGAGAACACGGGGUCACCGUCAUCAGUGUCGGAGUGAAAGAAGCAUAUCGAGAUCAGCUGUUGACCAUUUCUGGCAACACCGGUAGAAGUUUCUUUGUGAACAGAUUUGAGGCCCUAGGAACUCUGCACAACAAUAUGUCUGCUGUCCUCUGCAAUGCCACAAAACAAGGAUGUAAGGGGAAAAAGGCCGACCUGAUCUUCCUACUCGAUCAGUCAAGCAGCAUUAAUUCAGAAGAUCACGACAUGAUGAAAAACUUCACGGUAAGCAUCGUGAACAGCUUUACCAUCAGUGAAGACCGGGUGCGUGUUGGACUCGCACAGUUCAGCGAUAACCCUCAGGACGAGUUUAACCUCAACAGCUACUUCAGGAAGGAGGAUUUGGUCGGGCACAUCCAAAACUUGAAAUACACUGGUGGAAACACAUACCUCGGAGAAGCCUUGAAACACAUAAACAAAUACUUUGACGACAGUCGUGUUGUCCCGAAGAAUCUGGUGUUGAUCUCAGAUGGCGGGUCGCAUGAUGACGUGGAGGAUGCAGCUGACUAUCUCAGGACACAUAACAUUUCGGUGUUUGCCAUCGGCAUUGGCGACAUUCAUGACCUGGAGCUCUUGCAGAUCACUGGCAACCCGGAGAGGCUGUUGAAUGUGCAGAACUUUAAAGGAUUGGAAAAUAUCAAGCAAGACUUGGUCGACAUCUUAUGCGAUGAUCCAGGUCCAGGUCCAGAUCCAACCCCAACCCCACCCACACCUUCACCCCAACCCUCCUCAACAACAACAACAACCACAACCGCAACCACACCUUCACCCCAACCCUCCUCAACAACAACAACAACCACAACCGCAACCACACCUUCACCCCAACCCUCCUCAACAACAACAACAACAACCACAACCGCAACCACACCCCCUCGCUCCCUAAGCAACUGCAGCAUCGAUAUCGCCAUGGGAUUUGAUAUUUCUCAGAGAACAGCAGGGGAGAAGCUGGUCAGCGGUCACACCAUGCUCCUGAGGUUCCUGCCGGAAAUCGCCAGUUCCGUGUCUUCGGUGAAAACCCUUUGCUGCGUCGGUCCAGAUCCUAUCCAGCCCAAGAUUGCUUUCCAACUGCUGGAUAGUGACGGGCGUUCCUUGUACGACACAGACUUUGAAGCCUACAGCAAGGAAGUGGUGGACAAAGUCAUGGAAGUGCAAAUGUCAGGGACUACUUACUUCAAUACAGCCAUGCUGAAGUCCUUCAAGCAGAGGUUCUUGGACAAGUCCAAAGCUGAUGUGAAG